AAUGAGCUGACUUGCAUUUCAUAAGGCAUACAGACACGAUAGGGACAAGAUAGAUUGAAUAUUAGUUUACUGUUAAAUCCUUAGAUACGAAAUGCGGAUGCCGUUAGCUUUCUUUGCUCUUUCAUUCACCUUUGCUUGCAAAGAAUUUCAAGAGGUACUGUCACUUUCUCCUGUCACUCCGUUUAAGGAGAUACCAUCUCUAGGAGGAAAAUCGUGUCCAGGGAACUACGUCGUUUUCAAGCGCGGGAACAGUUUGAGUGGCAUAAACUGCGCCCUGAUUUGUUACUCCUACCCAACAUGUCUUGGAGUGUUUUAUCAGUCGGAAACACCAACAUGUGUCGGAUGUUCGACUGACAACGAGACUGAACUCCUGUCUACGUCAACAUCACCAUCACUGUACUUUAGAGCUGCUACAAGAACAUGUUCGAAGUUUGCUUGCUACCUGUUUGUUCAGACUAAUCAGACCUGGGAUGCUGCAAAGGAUCACUGUGCGUCGCUGGGAGGAUUUUUAGCUGACAUAAGAUCGCAAGAAGAACAGGAGUUCCUAAGCAACACUGUGUUGAGUAGCAGCAACGGUGAAUAUGUUCCUGAUACAUCCAUUUGGAUUGGUGGUACAAACGGUAUAGAAGAAGGCGUGUUUGCUUGGCUAGAUGGUACAUUGGUAAGCUAUGAGAACUGGGAACCCGGGGAACCAAGCAGCUAUGACUCGAGGCAAAAUUGCAUUACUAUAAAGAGUGGCAGUAACAACAAAUGGAAUGAUGUAAAAUGCCGUAAACAGAAGCCAAGCAUUUGUGAAUUCAAAUAAACGACCAAUAUAUUAUACUGAAGUAUAUGAAAGUUUGCAAAGAUUUUCCAAUUACUGUGAAAACAAAUUAAACUUUAAAACUCAUGAAUCUAUAUUCACACGAAUUAGUAAUUUCUAUGAAUACAACGAAAAUUCAUGUUCAAGAAAUUAAAUUGUUUCACAGUCUGUUAUAUAACAUAUAACUUCUGAAAGUAAGAAUAAUGUUUUUGUUUGUCAUAUUGUCAGAAAUGAAUGUCGGAAUCAUACCAUCUGUUCCAGCUAUACAAUAAAUGAUGAUUCUAGUGGAAACAAAACAACCGUCAUCCUAAUGGCACACGAAAACACGGCUAACAAGUAGGUUAGGAGAGCUCCUUAAAAUUUUCUAUCCUGAAAUUGAAUGAAAAUGACAUAAAGCUACUUAAUCUAAUGUUAAUUUAUGUCAGGCACAGAAAUAUGCAAAAAGGGAUAAAAGUUAUUCCCAACUUAUGCGGUAUACAUUAGGCAAAGGCGAUAGUGACACGGAAAUUGUUACAAACAAUGUUACUUGCAACAUUGUAGUACUAUUGAAAUCUUCGGCAGUCAUUUUUUAUUUAGUAUUGGUCUGUACUAUGAAAAAUAUAAAUUGCACAUUUGUUCAUCAUGUAAAACUUUUAUUUAUAGUGUACUAAAUUGCAGAAUAACACCUGGCCAGUGAUGUAAAAUAAUUUUACAAGGAUUACUGGGUAUUUGCCCGUGUUGUAACAAUUUCGGAAUGACUAUUGGCCCGUAAUGUAAACAAUUCUAAAAUUAAGUAUUGGCCCAUAAUGUACAAAAAUAAAAUUGAUUACUGGUCCAAUAUGAAAAAAAAAUCUCAGACUUCAUUAAUACUUAAUAAUCUCAAAUUAGUUUUUGCUCCGUACUUUAAAAUACAAGAUUGACAGUAGUUCCCUAAUGGAAGAAAAUCUUUUAGCAGACCUAAUGCAAAAACAAUGUCAGGCUGUGAAGGAAAUAUACUGUUAAUUUAAAUAUUAGAUUGACAGUUGUUCCGUAAUGGAAAAUUAAAGACUGACUUCUGGCAGACCAUUUUGAGUACCUUUUGCAAAAAAGGUCAGGCUGUAAAGAAAAUAUACUGUUAAUUUAUUAUUUUGUUUCAACUACAGUUUAAAAGAUAUUCAAAGUUUAAUUAAUGGAGAUGACGGAAACGAGAAACACAUGCUUUUAUUUUGAUAAAUUUAUUUUUUCGCGGUAAGUGCUUUUAUCGCACUGUUGUUGUUGUUGUUGUUGUUGUUGUUGUUUCCUUUCAAUUGUAUCUGAAUUGUUUUGCAUGAUUCAAAACACUCAUUAUUUCUAAUUGUCCCUUACAUAAAGUUAUAUUCCAAUCACUGUGUCGUAUUUGCAACAUUCAUUCAAAUGUAAAAUAUCUGAUAUUGAAUACUAAUGUUGAUGUAUUGGAUACAAACAAAUAAUAUCAUAUAGAUUGGAUGGUUCAACUACAGUACUAAAUGAUGAAAGCCGUUGUUCUCAAGAAAUUCAAUAUGAAUUCUUUACCAGUUGUUUUGGUUACCUAAAUAUACGAAUGCAUAGGUCUCACCUAUCUGAACUGCUUUCUUUUUUUAUUAUUAAGAAAAGCACAUGGAAAACAUUUUGACUCAAACCAAAUUGAAAAUCAGAUUUCGUCUAUGUUUUUCUUUUUCAACUGAUUGCACGGGUAAAUAUUCAUUCAAUGGAAGACGAACAUCAUUAGAAAAUAGCCUAAAAUAGCAUAACUGCAAAGGAAACCAACCAUUAACAAUAAUA